CUCAAAGCAUUGAGAGGCGCGCUUUGUUUCUAUUGUGGUCAAACCACACGAGGAGAAGAACUACAGGGACAUAAAGCAGCCGAAACACUGGAAACUAAAAGCUUUAAAAACUUAAGAACAUCAUUUCUCAUUAUAACCUGUGAAGAACUCUGAAUCUAGGAGCUCACUGACCGCAACUCGGUAUCAGACAGUUCACACUUGGGAUAUCAAAUACUUCCACAAUGGAACCUUCUAGAUCAGAAAUGUGUAUUCUGCCCAAUGGGAAAGGUCAAGACCUGGGAGAGGAGAUGUGCAUGCCGAUGAAGACUAUGAUGGAGGAAGAACAAAAUGGUAUCCAUCAUGGCAGGUUUGAUGAUCCUGACAGCACACUUGCUGAGAACAUUGAGUUCCUGCCUAACAGUGAGGGCAAGAAGCCACGUUUCACUGAUUUUGAGGGGAAGACCUCUUUUGGCAUGUCAGUCUUCAAUUUGGGCAAUGCCAUUAUGGGCAGUGGGAUUUUGGGAUUGGCCUACGCUAUGGCCAAUACUGGCAUACUGCUUUUCCUGUUUCUCCUCACGGCUGUAGCUGGUCUCUCCUGCUAUUCUAUUCACCUCCUGCUGAAGUCCUCUGGUGUUGUGGGAAUCAGAUCUUAUGAACAGCUGGGGUUCAGGGCCUUUGGAAUCACAGGGAAGAUGGCGGCCGGAAUAGCAAUCACCCUUCAAAACAUUGGAGCCAUGUCCAGUUACUUAUACAUCGUCAAGUCAGAGUUCCCACUGGUUCUGCAGGCUUUUUUGAAAGCAGACACCAGUUCAGGUCAAUGGUAUCUCAAUGGAAACUACUUGGUGGUGCUUGUGUCUCUUUCGGUCAUCCUGCCUUUGGCUCUAAUGAAGCAGCUGGGUUACCUUGGUUACACCAGUGGUUUUUCACUCAGCUGCAUGGUCUUCUUCCUCAGUGCAGUCAUUUAUAAGAAGUUCCAGAUCCUGUGCCCAUUCGAGGAGUUUUCGUCCAAUAGCACGCUGGCACAGGCUCAUUCAAACGUGACGGUGGACAACGCCCACGUUUACCAUAACGGACAUGUGAUGGUGGACGACUCCCACUGCAGCCCACAGAUGUUCACCGUCAACACACAUACCGCAUACACCAUCCCCAUCCUGGCCUUCGCUUUCGUCUGCCAUCCUGAGGUCCUGCCCAUCUACACUGAGCUGCGCAACCCAACUCAGAAGAAGAUGCAGCACAUUUCCAACAUUUCCAUUCUGAUCAUGUACACUAUGUACUUCCUUGCUGCUCUCUUUGGAUACCUAACGUUUUACACUAAAGUUGAGGCCGAGCUUCUGCACACAUACAGCAGGAUCGACCCCUACGACACACUCAUCCUCUGCGUGCGUUUGGCUGUGCUCACCGCUGUCACACUGACUGUGCCCAUCGUUCUGUUCCCAGUGCGAAGAGCCAUUCAAGAGAUGAUGUUCCCUAAUAAAACCUUCAACUGGAUCCGACACGUCAUCAUCGCUGUCAUUCUCCUGACCUUCAUCAACAUCCUGGUCAUCUUCGCGCCCAACAUCCUGGGCAUCUUUGGCAUCAUUGGUGCAACAUCCGCUCCCUGUCUUAUCUUCAUCUUCCCUGCUGUCUUCUACAUCCGUAUUGUGCCCAAGGAUAAGGAGCCAAUGCGCUCCACCCCCAAAAUCUUUGCUGCCUGUUUUGCUGGACUGGGCAUGUUGUUUAUGAUAAUGAGCUUGAGCUUCAUCAUCAUUGAUUGGACGACAGGCAGCAGCAGUACUAUGGGUGGCCACUAGGAGACAAACUCUGUUGAUGAAUGUGUGUUUUUGUAUGAGAGUGUGAGGUGUAUGUUAGGUUAGUGAUGUAACAUACUGGAAGUGAUCUGAUUGAUUUUUAUCCAUAUUUUCCUGCCUGUUAUGACACGGAGGAUGCCCUAUCCCACUGUGGAAAGGAAAAGGUGAGGGGGACCCAACGUAACAUCCCAUUUUACACAGAUAAUCUGCCAGCAGAUAAUGGGGAAGAACUGCAUUAUUCUGGAAAAAACACGUCUGAUAAAUUCACACUGAUGUUUUAUAUUUUAAAACCUGUGAAAGCGCUGAUAUUGUCAAUUUGGGCAAUUUUUUUUAUUGCAAUUUAUUUAUUCAAGGUUUAGUACAGCAGUCUCCAAACUCGGUCCUGGAGGGCUGGAGUUUUAGCUCCAACUUGCCUCAACCCACUUGCCUGCAAGUUUCUAGCAUGCCUAGUAAGACCUCGAUUAGGUUCAGGUAUGUUUAACUUACAGUACAGACCAAAAGUUUGGAAACAUUACUAAAUAUUACUGUUUUUUCUGUACUUUUGAUCAAAUAAUUUUUUUUUUUUUUUUUUUUUUUUUUAGAUAAAUGCAGGCUUGAUGAGCAGAAGAAACUACUUUCAAAAACAUUAAAAUUGUAAUGUUUCCAAACGUUUGGUCUGUACUGUAUGUUAAGGCUUAAGUUUACUUGUCGUCAUUUUUAUUUAUCUCUCACUCUCUGUUUUUCCUAUCCAGAGCUCUUAUACUUGACAAAACUGAAUGCAAGUACUGUAGUAACACAUAGUUGAAUCCUUCUAGAUUUCUUUUAAGUGACAGUACAUGCAUUCUACAAUAGUCACAUAUAUAUCAGAUUUUUACAAAUGUAAUUCUGUGUUUUACUUUGCUCAUAGAACGAGGAGAUUGUAGAGGUUUUGAUUCCUCUCUGGGUGUAGAAUGAAGCAGGCUAGUUUAGUAAAGAUGGAUCGAUAGUUGGUUUACUCUCCAGUGGGCUUUGGACAAUCAGUGAGUCGCAUUACUACCUAUUUUAGGUAACUUGCCGUGUUUUCGAGUCAAGUGAGAGUACAAUUUAUCAAAUCGCAUAAUUUCAGUGUGCCAAAGCCAAGGAUUUCUAUAGUCCUUCAAACUGUCAUGAAGUAUAUUUUCAGUUUUCCUAAAGUACAAUAGACAGAAUGCAAGGCAUGCCUUGAUCACAUUGAGAUUUAAACAGUGAAAAACAUAUUUAUUUAAUUGUAUUGAAUAUAUUUUGCAGUUCACUGGAUGAGUAUUAGUGUGUGUUAUAGUAUUAAUGUGUACAAUACUGGUGUCCUUCAUCGGUUUUGUUUGUCAUGAUAUUCAAGGUCAUUUAUACAAACACUAGUCAAGGACCUCAUAUACGAAUACAAAACUAUAUUUUACUUGAAAUGGACAUAAUCUCCCCUGUAUUAGAAUUCCAACAGUUAUAUUAAAGAUGAAAAUUAUCAAAAAUGAGAAUUAACUGAAAAUUUACUCACACUGAGGUCAUCCAAGAUGUAGAUGAGUUUGUUUCUUAAUCAGAAAAGAUAUGGAGAAAUGUAGCAUUGCAUCACUUGCUCACCAGUGGAUCCUCUGCAGUGAAUGGGUGCCGUCAGAAUGAGUGUCCAAACAGCUGAUAAAAACAUCACAAUAAUCCACAAGUCAUCCAUACCACUCCAGCUGAUCAAUUAACGUCUUGUGAAUUGAAACAAAUCCAUUUAGACUUUUUUUCCCUCCAAAUCAUUGCUUCUGGACAAAAUAAACAUGCAGGGAUGUAAUGCUACAUUUCUCCAAAUCUUUUCCGAUGAAGAAACAAACGGCUCUACAUCUUGAAUGCCCUGAUGGUGUGUACAUUUUCAGCAAAUUUUCAUUUUUGGGUGAAUGAAGUUUAAGUGAUAUAGUUUGGAAGCUGCUCUCAAUAUCUCACCUGAAAAAACACAUCUGUGUAGUUCCUUUUCUUGUAAUCUGAGUAUUUGUGGACCCUGUUUUGGUGUUAGCAGUAGUUAAUGAACCAGCUGAUAUAUAGAAGCAUGAAACACCUGUAAUUAUUAUUAUUAUUAUUUUUUUUGUAGUUAAAAGGAAAAUUGUUGCUUAUUUGAAGUUUGAAAUAACUUACUCUUAAUCAGUGGUUCGUGUGAUGCUUUCAAAACUUCAAUGUGUUCAGAUUCUGCCAAAAUAUUAUGCAGUGCAAUCCUGUUGUUCAAUAAUUGUGCUAAUAUUAUGUUAACUGACGACUAGCUAGAUUGGUAGCGGAAGAUAUCGGUAAACCAUGAGCAAACAUGAGUUAUUCUGCAACAGAAAUUAGCAUGCCGUUCAUAUCACCACAUUAAUGACAGGAAUAAAAAUUGAUAAGGAAUUGACUUUUAUUUGUGACAGAGAAAGUGUAGCUAACAUCAUAGUUCUGUUUGCAUUGUCAACCAAAAAAACAAACUGAACUUUAUGCUGGAGACUGAAGUGCAGUGCCAGUGGUCCCCAGGAGUCACUGUUAAACAUGGCAAUGAUGGCAAUGAUUGUUUUUUUUUCAGUAUUUCCCUGAAACUGAUCAUUUAAUUAUAAUUUGUGCUUUUUUAAGUACUAUAAAUCUAAAUAUACUAAUGAAAAGUGCCUCACUUUACAACCAGCUACCUUAUAAACUCUUAAGAUACUACCUAUUUUUUUUUCCAAUGAGCCCUGUAAGUGUUUGUUAUAGCCCUCAAACUUUUUUUUUAAGUUUCCUCAAUGCUAGUUUGUAAUUUUAAUAUUAUAAUAAUAAUCUUCUUUAAAUAAUAUUCUUUCAGUCAAGUUAUAUCCUUGCUGAGUAUAUUUAGCUUCAACCACAGUAGCAUUGGAUUGAAGAUAAAAUCAAGGGUACUGAAUAAUGAUAAUUUUGUGAUUUAUAUGGUGGUUAAUAAUGCAAGAUUGAUUAUGACUAAAAUUCUAUAAAAGUUAUUUGCCUCAUUGCUGCCCCGUUUAUAUACCUUUUCUUUAAACAUGUUUUACUAACAUUUGCUAUAUUCAUAUCUGGUACAGAUCAUCUGGAUUUUAUCCUUUCAAUAAGGAAAAUGCAAACCAGUUUGUUUUUCAAAGCAUUAUUUACACACUAUUUAAUCGAUACAGUUUGAUUCAUAUGAUAGUUUGUUUAGUGCAUUCGUAUAUACUGUACAUAAAUGUGAACCACUUUAUUUGUAAUGCAUAUUUAGCUUGUAUAGUGUAAAUAGCAGAACCACUUUGACAAUAAAAAGCUCUUUUUAAACCUG